AUGAACAGAUCACCCAGAGUCCGCCGUCGGGGCCCGCGUGCCUCACAAGCCUGUGAGGGCUGUGCAACUGCCAAAGCUCGAUGCGAUAAUAACGAGGUUUGCCAGCGAUGCCACCAGCGACAGAUGUCUUGUGUUCGACCCUGGCCUCUAGCAGAAGAUGAAACCCAAGUUCCUGGGAAUGCUGUUUACCCCCAAGCAGAUCAUACCGCACAUUCCGGCGUUUCACAUCAGACGCCCAUUCGGGCACCGGAUGCCAAUAUAACGCCAGACUUGCCUAGGGCGGGGUCCGACUCAGCGAUGGGCACCCUUGAUGGCAUAGACGAUCUAGCAGAACUUUUGGUCGAGGGAUCACCACAGAACAGACAGAUUCUACAAAAUUCGUCUAAUAUUCUUCGCAUGGCUUCCCAUAUCGUCGGAGCGGCAGGCCAGAGUAAUUCCCCGAAGGUGCUAGAGGCCUAUGAAAACACAGUAGGGCGAUGGGAUCCAGACCCAGAGUAUCACCGUGCUGCCGAGGAAGGCAAUCUGUUUCUCGAUCCAGAAUCCAGCUGUAUAGAAGAUCACCUAGCAUAUCCUUCCGCUCGCAUGUCUGACGAUACCGUCUCGUCCGAUACACGCGAUCGGAUCUUGGCCAUGAUACUGCACACCUGUGAGCCAGCGAAUAUGAUCAAAGUGGUCUCCGCCUUUCCAGCAGCGAAUGUGCUUGAUCGACUCCUACAUCGCUUUUAUGCGACUCAUGCAACUGACGAUGACAGCUGGAUUCAUAUUCCGACUCUACGCUCAAGUGAGAUGCCGACAGAGCUUCUGGGCGCUUGUAUCACGUCGGCAGCUAUGAGAUCGUCCAGUGCGGCUGUUCGCCGGUUCGGAACUGCCCUACACGGCGUCCUCCAUCCAUAUUUAUUCCAGAUUUUCGAGAAACGAAUAGCACAAACCCGCUGCUUGCAGCAAAUCCAGGCGCUUGCUCUGUAUGUCCAAACAGGGCUAUGGAGUGGCAAUAAACGCAGGAUGGAAAUUGCCGCAGCUAUUGUAGGAUCGGCUGUCACCAUGCUCCGAAGUGGCCGUCGCUACCGUGCUUUGAUCUAUACUAGUGUGAUCCCAGAUCCGGCAGACACUGACGAUGUACUCGAGAGCAAAUGGCAUCAUUGGGUUGAGCAGGAAUCCUGGAAAAGAUUGGUGUUCCACAUGCAUAUUCAUUGCUCGCAAGAGUCCUUGGUAACUGGGAGUAGAACUCCUGUCUCCUACGCCGAGCUCUGUCUUUCAUUUCCCCAAAGCGGGAAGCUUUGGGCAGCGAAGACCGCAGCGCAAUGGCUCAGAACAUAUAACCAGAUGCAGAGUUUCGAGAAGACAUUUCAACAGGCGGGCCUUCGGGAGUAUCUCGCCAACCCGUCUCUCCUGCAGACCAUUUCACCACUUUACGAUUCCAAUUUAGCACGCUUGAUCGUCCUUCAUGCCGUCGGCUCCAUGGUCAAAGAUCACCUCCAGUCGAAAGGACUUCUGCUUCCAGGAAUCUUGGAUACACCUGGAGACUUCCUCCUUGCAGAUGAGAGCUUCCAAAACCGGGUAGCUCAGCUCCUGAACAGCAUCCGCAUACUCCACGACGACAGCCAGCCAGGUGAUCAUCACAGCAGCCAAUUAACAGCCGAAUUGAUCUCCAUGCAUUCUCUGACACCCUUUGAGCAAAUCGAAAUAAUUGCUGGCCGCGAAGGACCCGAAGAAGCCGAAGCUGUAUUGCCACUCUUGGAACGAUGGUGCCAAAGCAGUCAGGCACGGAAGGCAGUAUGGCAUGCAAGCCAAUUUAUUCGGUAUCUACACCAUCUCAAUGCCCAGAGCUUCACAGAGUUCUUUGCGGUCGGAGCUUACCAAGCUAGUCUGUGUCUAUGUAUAUAUGGGACUAUGGCCCAAAUGCCCUCUUCGAACAACCUCUCUAGUGGUCUAGGGUCGGGAGGCAAUUUCCAAAUUGACGGACCAGACUCCCCUGUAAUACAGAGAUGGAUAAUUUUGGGAUCUGGAACUCCCAUGUUGGGAAGCGUGACCUCGGCUUCCACCUUCUAUGGUGGUAUGCCGCUGGGUGCCACCAGGUCUAUUCUUCUUCGAGUUCGUGACCUCCUGUAUGUCAAGGCAUCACAGAAAAGCCUGUUGCCACUGGUUACUGGAAUCUGUGAUCUUCUAUGUGCCUUGAGCAUUACAAAACAGAGAGAGCCCCGGUGCCUGUAUUGA